CAUAUAGAUUUGUUAAUGUAAAAUGUAUAACAAUUAUUGUGUAUUCAACCGAUAGAUUCGAAGGACGAUUAGAUAUGUAAAUUUCUAACUAUACUGGACACUGCAUAGCAAAAGAAGUAUUUCAGAAAUACUAUGGAAAGUACAAAAUCUACAGCCGUCUACGAGCACUUUUUCUCGGUGUAGUGUAGUGAAAUGUUCAUAUUCCAAGUAACGGCGAUGUAUGACUAAAAGUUUUCUACUCUUCUACAUUUUAUAGAGUGUAGUAGUACGCUCUGGUACGUUUCUCUUUAUGGCAUAAAAAUGUAGAUUUCAUCAGAUUGCAGAGAGAAAGUCGUAUAUAGAUAGCUAAUAUAAAAAUAUUAAUAUGUACAGAGAGAUACAAUAGUUACAGUUUAAUUACAGUUUUUACUAAACAGUUUAGAUUAAUUACAAUUUUUACUAAACAGUGAUAAAGCAAUGAAGAAUUAAAUACGACGAUUAUACUUCCUAGUUACGAUAUGUUGAAUACACAGAGAAAUAGAUUUCUUUGAAUUUAAUAAAUUUUAUUGUAUCCAAACAAAUUUGAUCGUUGGAAUGAUCUAAAGAAACUAAUUUGACUUUCCAAAUAAUUUUGUUGUUCGGUUCAAAGAAGAAAAAUGUUUCACUUAAUUUUAUCAUUUUACUAAAAAAUUGAUACAAUUUUGUUGAAAUAAUAUUAAGAAACAUAAUAUUUCUUUUUUUGCAUUAUUAACAGUUUCUUUUUACCACAUUAUCGAGAAGACUUUUUACCACCCUCCUCCCUUCGUGAUUCUUUAUCUAAAUGCCUAUGUCAAUUAUCUCAUGAUGCGGUGACCAAUCCUUUUCCUGAUAACGGAUUUGGGUUGCUUGACUUCAAUGGUCGAACAGGGAAUUAUUGAUUUCAAUAAACUCUGACGAUAUAUUUAUAGCAUUACGCUUAUAAUAUAUCCUUAUAGUCCAAAAAAGUUUUUCCAUACCAUACCUACUAAUUAUUUGAAACGAUGAAACAACAAUAAUAUAAUUGUUGCAUCGAUAUGUAACAAAUGUUGACAGAAUGUAAAUUAACGAACCAAUAACGACAUAAUUGCUCUCGGAUUUUUAACCAAAUAUUAUAUUGCUAAGUACAAACAAUAGAUUAAAUUUAAAAGCGAGACAAUAGUUUUUUCUCAAACAAAUAAUAUAGUUCAAUCAAACGAAACAUGAGAAAUUUAGAAUAUAAUUAAAUAUAUUAUUUAAUUGAAAACUUUUUUUAAAUAAUGUUUUUUUCUAUCAAAUAACGUGGUUUAAUUUAAUACAAAAUUAUAUUUAAUAUAAAAUUAUGUUGUUCAAUAUUAAAUAAUUUUGUUGAUUAAAUGAAUUAAAAUCAAGCAAAUAGGAAUACUAAAUCCAAAGAAAACUUUCUCUCUGAGUAAAUUUGGAAGAUCGAAAAAAUAUACUAGUAAUAUAUGUUCGUAAUUCUUUAUUUAACAAAAAAUAAAUAUUAUUUUUGUAUGUGUUAUCUGUGUCAAAAACAGACGGAGAUAACGAACCCUUUAAUACGACAGCUGAUAAUUUAGUUAAUUGAUAAAUAAGAGUUAAAACGGUGUUUCGAACAUUUAAUAUAAGAAUAUAUUACGUUUUUCAUCAAACUGUUAUAUAAUUAUAAAUAGAUAGGAUACAUAUACACACACACACACACAUAAAGAUUAGUGUAUAUUCGCAUGUAAUUAUUUUGCACGCAGUCUUAUAUAAAGCAAAUCCAAGCUAUUGGUACUUUAUAUCCUUAUGACGAUGUCAGAAAUCGUUGGAAAAUGAAUUUUUUGAAAUUACAAUUUUGGCUGUACUCCUUCCCUUUCAUGUACGUGUUUGCGAAUUCAAAAAGAUAAUUACGUGCGAGUACGUAAAUCGUCUGCGGCAAUAUUGAAAUAAAUCAAUAAAAAAAAAAGGAAUAAGAAGAAAGAAAGAUGUAGAGAGAAAAGAAAAUAUAUACAUGUUUGAGGUUGGUGUUUAUUCUAGCCACUUUGCCAAGUGACGGUAAUUUAAAAAUAAAAAAGCGCAACCAAUUUUUAAUGCCUCAUAAUUUGAAGCUUAUCGCCUUAGAUCUCGGCAUGCCCCUCUCGCAUGCCUUUGAGACUCGUGCGAUUGGUCGGCUCUUGUAAUUCUAUACGAUGCAUCUGUGCAACAUAUGCAGCACGUCCCCAUAGUUAAGGUCGCAUCGCGCGAGGACGCGACUGACUCGGUGUCGUCGGCUGAACUUCUCCCAUCUCGAUUACGUCAGUUGGUGGUGCCAUGCGAGUGUGAAUUUUCACGUAAUUCAGGAACCGCGCCACGCGCCCAUAAAUAUUCACAACUAAGCACACAAGAAAGAAAAUCCAAUCGUGAUCGUCGAGUCCUUGAAAAUUUACUGGCUUCGGACCCUACGAAGUUACCGUUCGCCUCUGCUCACCAAAAUUCCGAGAGCGAGUGCGCCUCGACGGCAGCAGCUCGAACGGGUGAAAAAGGGUUAGGAGGGAGAAAGAGGAAGAAGCGGAAGAUAGCGAAGGAGCACGCGCGACGACGACGGAGGAAGAGAGAGAGAAAGAGUGCGCGCGCGCGCUCUUGCUCACUCGGUUAUUACGUCAGGUCAGGGAAAGAAGCGACUCUCCGACAUCUGCGCAUUUCUUGCGUUCGCUCAGGGGAAAACUCCAAAACAAGCAACAUGGCGGACCCGAGUAACGAGCCUGCUUCGUCGAGCGGCGUCUCGGAACAGGCUGGCACGCCGGCGGCGGUCGCGGCUGCCGCAACGCCGAUGCGCGAAGACCUAGAGAAGGCCGAGGACUUCCUCGAGCCCGACAAGAAGCGUCGCAAAGUGGUGCGUGCUGACGGCAACAAGACUGAACAGAAGCUCGAGCACCGCUUGGGCGGUAUCCUCUGUUGCGCAGUUUGCCUCGAUCUGCCUCGGUCGGCUGUCUACCAGUGUACUAAUGGACACUUGAUGUGUGCUGGUUGCUUCACACAUGUCCUCGCAGAUGCCAGGCUGCGGGACGAAUUGGCAACAUGCCCCAACUGUAGAAUCGAAAUCAGCAAAACUUCCGCAUCUCGAAAUCUGGCAGUUGAAAAAGCUGUGUCUGAGUUACCUGCUGAGUGUCAAUAUUGCGCAAAGGAGUUUCCGCGUAACUUCGUAGAACACCAUGAGGAUGCUAUGUGCGAGGAAAGGAUAUCUAGUUGCAAAUUCAGCAGGAUCGGUUGUCCAUGGCGCGGACCGAAUCACGAACGUCUGGAACACGAGGCUCACUGCGUUCAUCCACAUCGCACGGGCGCGGAUGUGAUGGAAGCUCUGCUUGAUAUCGACGCUCGUACCUUAGAAGAACGUAGGCUCUAUGACAAUGUCUUUGAUCUUUUGUCCUACGAGAAAAUUACAUUCAACGAUUUACAGAUGAAGCCGUAUCGUACGGACGAAUUUGUUCAUAAACUCUUUUACGAAACGUCACGAUUCUCGGCUUUUAAUAACCAGUGGGUAGUGAAGGCGAGGAUUAAUAGUAGUCAACGCGAUCCUACACAGAGUUCGGAGCGCGACAUGACUUAUCAACUGAUUCUAAAGUCAAAGACCACCUAUCCUCUGCCGCUUCAUUAUUUGAUCUUGAAAGGCCCAUUUGGCGACAUGAAAGUGCAACCGAGAAUUCACAGAUUCGAAUUCACCGAACAGGACAAUGAGAGUCCAUAUCUACCAUUACCAUUACCGGACACAGCCGAGUGUAAUAGACUUCUCGCUGCUAAAGCUAUCAAUUUUAGACUAAUAAUGUUCCUGGCAUCUAAGUAGCUUACAACGAUGAUAUAUAUUCUCAAGUUUUUGUCGCGAAACAAAUCAGUGGACGAGAGAUCUUCUAGAUGUAACGAUAAUAAGGAUAUAGAUUACAGAGAUUUAUAAUCGUUUACAGUAGUGAUAUCGUCAUGAUAAUAAUAACAAUAAUAAUAUUAUGAAUAGAAGAACUCGAGGAUGCUAAUAUUAUUAUUAUGUAUAAAAGUAUAUAUGUUGACGAGGAUAUAAAUUAUAUAUUAUAGUACUAUAGUAUGGCAUGUGUGAAGGAGGAGGGUACAGUAAUAUUUAAAUAUUCUGAAAAUUGGCGCGAGAUUGAACUGCUUUGCGUCUCUUUGUAAACUUUUACAUCUUAGAAGAGGGUAAAGAGCAGUAGUUUACGUAGUUGUUGUUAGACAGAUGGAUUAAAUUGUACGUACGAAUGGUAUAUAAUGUAGUUUUACAAACGCGAAACAAAACUAAAAUGAGCAAAAUAUCGCUCAGAUGAUACCAAUUUAAUUCGCAUAUCUGUUCGAGAGGAGCCUAUUAAAUCUCAAGUGUAGAUAAAUUAGAAGCUAUCAAUGUAAAAUUCCGAAUAAAAGUUGUAACAUGCCUAAAUACAAUAUGUUUAUUACA